GACAGUUCAGCCGAUGUUUUGGGCUGCCACCCGCCUUCUUGGAACGAAGUAAACAAAAAAUAUGGCUUUAGAUUUUUCAGCUACAUAUAAAUUGCUAGUUUUAGGCGACUCAAAUGUAGGAAAAACGUGUAUUGUGCAUAGAUAUUGUGACGAAAGAUAUUACGAUAUUUACAUAUCGACAAUAGGGAUAGACUUCAAACAAAAAAUUAUUAAUUUAGACGGAGUGCCAAUUAAGCUUCAAAUAUGGGAUACUGCGGGACAAGAGAGGUUUAGGACCCUCACAACCGCUUAUUACAGAGGGGCCAUGGGCAUUAUACUCAUGUAUGAUAUCACUAAUCUGGAAUCAUUUAACCAUUUGUCAUACUGGCUACGGAAUAUUCAAGAGUAUGCAUCGCCAGAUGUAAUCAAAGUUUUAGUUGGAAAUAAGUGCGACGUUCAUGAAAACCACAGAGCUGUGCCCAAGGAAAGAGGGCAAAAGAUUGCUGACGAUUUUGAUAUGCCGUUCUUUGAAGUAUCUUGCAAGAAUAAUAUAAACAUUGAAGAAGCUUUCCUUACGCUAGCGAGAAGAAUAAGGGAAUACAGAGAUUCGAAGGCGGAUGCAUUCGAACUGAAAGAAAGGGACAACGUCAUUAAGCCAUCAGAAUCUGAGACGGACGUAUCAAAGUGCAGCUGUUAGAUUAAGUUUCUAUUGAAUAUUAUAGCAAAAUACCUAUUAACGGAAUCGGUGAGAAAUAAGACAGGGUUCGCGAUCAGGUACCCAUUAAGAGGUAGCCUUUAAAACUCGAAUGAAUCGUAUAAAAUGGGUCGGUACCUAACAUAAUCUAGCUGAAAUCCAAAAUUAGAUUGGACAAAGUUGAGAAAUGAAGCUGUUUUAAGUCUGUUAUACUUAGCUUUAUGCUUGGAUACGUUCACAUCAGUAUAAUCGUAUGUGCUCUAAAUCGUUUGAAAAGUUAACGUGAUUUAAUUGGGUGUUUUAUUCCGGUUGAUUUCGAAGCAACUUCUACCACUAUAGUUGAAGAUAGUAUAUUCUCUAGAGUACUCAAUACUCAUAUUAUAAAGGUAGAAAUAGCUUCUUAAGGAAUUAUAGCUACAAUUAUAGACUGUGUGCACGCUUUAUGCAUAUUGUAUUAAAUGUGGUAAUCCUGAGA